UGGGUCAAUAGAGAACGAUAUGAUGCUCUGUAGAUAUUUAGAGAAUUUCAAAGGGUAAGUUGGAUAUAGGGGAUGUUGCUGCGAAAUUAUGUCAAAUGAAAUCUCACUGCGUCGAAUUUCGCACCCAUUUUGAGGGCCCCGUGGUCUCUGAGUGACCUUUGUUGUUGCGAGAUCCACACGUGCGACAUUUGCAACCGAUUGUAUUACACGUGGGAGACGUGUAUCUAUAUAAACCGAUGAAUAUUUUGGGAUUCUCCAGUUGAUUCUAUUCACUGAAUAUUACUCUGGAUCCAUUUUAUAUACAUAGAUAUUAUAUAUUCAUCAACUCAAAAUCAUGAUUGAAACAGAAGUUGGAUAUCUUCCAAUCUCUAUCCCACAAUUUGUAGGGAUUCUUCUUGUUGGAAUCAUCACUGUUGCCGCUUUUGCAAACGAAAAUGUUAAAAGUGUUGUGAUCUUUUGCUACAACUGUUUCCUUAAACCUUUUGGUAAGAAGAAUAGAACUGGAGAUCAACAGGUUGAUCUCGAAUCUUUCUACAAAAACCAAGCUUCCAUCUAUGACCAAACUAGAAAAGUAUUACUCAAGGGAAGAGAACAUGCCCUUCAAUUGGCCAUGACUCACUUACUUGCCUCUCAUCCAACUGGUAAAGAUUUGGUCUGGGUUGAUAUUGGAGGUGGAACAGGUUCCAAUUUGGAAUUCAUGAAAAAUGUCUACAAAAUUAACAAGAAAAAUUUCAGAAAGAUUUAUAUGAUUGAUUAUUCAUCUUCUCUUUGUGCUCAAGCUGAAAAGAAAUUUGCCAGAGAAAUUGAGCUUGGAAUUGUUGAAAUCUUAUGUUCUGAUGCUUCUAAAUUUGAAAUUAAUGGCCUUACCAGGAACUUUGUCGAUCUUUGUACCUUUUCAUACUCAUUGUCUAUGAUUCCAAAUUAUUAUUCCACUAUUGAUCAUAUUGUUCCAUAUUUGAACAAGGAACAUGGUGUUGUCUGUUCAAUCGAUUUUGGUACCCAAUCCGGUGAUAAUUCGGUUGGAAGAGUUGACACCCUUGGAGGAUUGGUCAAUAGAAAUGGUUCUUGGUUAACUAGACAUUUCUGGAAUAUUUGGUUUGAAUUCGAUAAAGUUCAUUUAGACCCUGCUAGAAGAAAUUAUCUUGAGUAUAAGUUUGGUACUUUAAAAUCUUUGAAUUUAAGAAAUAAGGUUUUAGGAAACAUUCCUUAUUAUAUUUGGAUUGGUUGUGACAAAUACAAAUGUGCAAAUUUAAUUGAUAAAAUCAAUGCUUAUGUCACUGAAUCGCCUUAUUUAUUACCUCAGGGUCUUGGUAGACAAAAUUCUGUCACCAGUAUCAAUUCAGCUGUUUCAAAAGGACAUGAAGCUGCAAUUGAAAAUCAAAAGAGAGGUUUGCCAUAUCCAUCUGUUUACUACCAAAAGGAUGUCACUCGUGUCUAUUAUGAUGAAUUAAAUCCUCUCUUCGAUCAAUUUAACAAUCAAUAUAUUUACGCUUUUACUUGGGAAGAUCCUAGAGAAGACAUGAAUAUUUUGAACAUUAAUUCAAAUGAUUCCUUGUUGGCUAUUACCUCUGCUGGUGAUAAUUUGUUACACUAUGCCUGUUUACCCAAUGCACCAAAGAAAAUCCAUGGUGUAGACUUGAAUCCAUGUCAAAACCAUUUACUUGAAUUGAAAUUGGCUUGUUUUAAGGCUAAACUUGACCAAGAUAAACUCUGGCAGUUGUUUGGUGAAGGUAAAUUAUCCACUCAUGAUGAAUUCAAACAACUUCUUAUCAACAAACUUUCCCCACAUCUUUCUUCAAAUGCUUUACAAUAUUGGGUUGAUAAAGGGCCAAAAACUUUCUCUCCAAAGGGCCAUGGUUUAUACUAUGAUACGGGCUCUACUAGGUGGGCUUUAAAGCUUACUAGAUGGCUAUUUGUCAGAGCUAGACUUACCAAAGAAGUUGAUCAACUCUGCAACUCUAAAACCUUGGAAGAACAAAAGAGUAUUUGGGAAAGAAAAAUUAAGCCAACUAUCUUCAGUCCAAUUGUUGGAAGAUUACUUAUUGGUAACUCAUUGUUUCUCUGGAAGGCCCUUGGUGUUCCAAUUAAUCAAGCUAACAUGAUUGAAGGUUCAAUUUUGAACUAUAUUAUUGACACUUUAAACCCAAUUGUGGAAAGAUCUUUAAUCAGCAAGGACAAUUAUUUCUAUUACUUGUGUUUACAAUCCAAAUAUGCGAAGGACAAUUGUCCAGCUUACUUGACUUCCGAUGGGUACAAGAAAUUAACCAGUUCUCAAAAUAAUCCUAUUCCAAACUUUAGACUUCAUACUGAUACUCUUAAUGAUGUUCUCAAGCGCUUAUCAUCAAGUUCUUUGACAAUCAUUAUCAUUAUGGAUCAUAUGGAUUGGUUUGAUCCUGAAGGUACAGACGCACUUGAGGAAAUCCAAUUGUUAAACAAGGCACUUUCAGAAAAUGGUAGAGUCAUGCUUAGAUCUGCUUCUCAAAAGCCAUGGUAUAUUAAAACAUUUAAUGAAAAUGGAUUUAUAUCAGACCCGGUCGCUGUCAGAGAAUCAGGAACCUCGAUUGAUAGAUGUAACAUGUACGCUUCUACAUGGGUUUGUACAAAGAAACGGUCUUUAAGAUCCUUCUCCACUUCAUCUGAAACUAUUUCAACUUUAAAGAUUUAAAAUAUUUUUUAAAUAAUGAAUUAACUACCAUGGUG